CCGCGCGGGCCAUAGCGACGGCGGGCGCGCCGAGGGAAGAUGGCGGUUGGGGCCCCUGCGCUGCUGCGGGCUCCGUGAGCGCCGCGCUCGCUCUGUGCCCCGUCCCCUUCUCGCUCCUGUGCCCAGCUCCUCCCGGCUGACCUCCGCCUCUUCUCCUUCCCCGCCGGGGCCGUAGGGACCAUGUCGGACUCGGAGGAGGAGGAGAGUCCGGACCGCCAGCUCAAGCUGGUGGUGCUGGGGGACGGCACCACUGGCAAGACAUCCUUAGCUACACGUUUUGCCCAAGAAACAUUUGGAAAGCAGUACAAACAAACCAUAGGACUGGACUUCUUCUUGAAAAGGAUAUUAUUGCCAGGAAAUUUGAAUGUUACUCUUCAAGUGUGGGAUGUAGGGGGACAAACGAUAGGAGGCAAAAUGCUGGAUAAAUAUAUUUAUGGAGCUCAGGGUAUUCUCUUGGUUUAUGAUAUUACCAAUGUCCAGAGUUUUGAAAAUUUAGAAGACUGGUAUAAUGUGGUAAAAAAAGUGAAUGAAGAAUCAGAAACACAGCCACUUGUGGCCUUGGUUGGAAAUAAAAUUGACUUGGAGCAUAUGCGCACAGUGAAAUCUGACAAGCACCAGCGAUUUUGUCAGGAAAACAAUUUCAGUAGCCAUUUUGUGUCAGCCAAGACAGGAGAUUCUGUCUUCCUGUGUUUUCAGAGAAUUGCUGCUGACAUACUCGGCAUCAAAUUAAACAAAGCAGAGUUGGAACAAUCACAGGGUGAAGUUGAGCAGUUUAGCUUAAACUGCUGCUGAAAGUUGUUUCAAAGUGAAGCUGCCAGAUUUUGUGCCGAAGUGGAUGAGGUGCAAGUACAUGUUACAUUCCACCAACUCUCCUUUGGCAGCAAUGAUCUCCAGCAGAGGAAUAGGACAGACAUUUGAGGGUGGUAAGUUUUUAAACUGUCUCAGCUAGAGCUACUAACCCUUGUCUGUUAACAUGCUGAGAUGACUGUUAAUCAAACCUUUAUUUGGACAAAACUGUGGUGAAACAAAGAACUAGAUUACUCUUUAUGCGUGACUGGAAAGCAGAGCAUGUUUUUUGAAAUGGAACGGUUCCAAAGUAAGAAAAUUGCAGUUUCUGACUUAUUUUCAGUCCUCAAAAUACUCUCCCUUUUAAAUUGAAAGGGUCUGAUGAAAUUUGAGGAAAUAGCUCCUUUACUAAUCAAAUGUUUUUCUUUCUAUAUUUUUUACUUUCAACCGUAGUGUAAAAACUGCAUGGGGUACAGCUUUGUUCCUUGGCAUUGGCAAGAGCUAGCAUUUUUGUAAGUGAUGUGUAGUUUUCUCUCUAACUAAAUGCCAAUUCAGCAAAUUAGUGUGUGUGCGCCAGCUUUGUACAAUAAAAUGUUUGGCAGAUAAGUCAGACCUGGAAUACAGAGCACCUGCACCAAGAAAGGUUAUUUCUCAUUAUUGACAGUGAUUUGAACCAUGGCAAUGAUACGCCUCACAUAGAAACUGAUGCAAAGAGGCCCACUUUUUUAAUUACCAUGAAGUUAAUAAAAGAAAUGUUGCAGUGGUAUUUUUUUAGUCUUAUUUGGAUGAAAUUCCUUUAGAAAAUCCGAGUCAUUUAUGAUAGUCUGUUUCUCGCUACAGUGUGCCUAAGCAUGGGUCACUAACCUGCCUGUGUUUACAGGAUGGGAUUUAGACCAAUGUUUGGAGGAACAAUUAAUUGCCUACUGAUUGCAAGACUAUUUUUUCUUUUUUUUUUUUUUUUCCCCCUCAGCUCUAGUCAAAAGGUUGGUAUGAAGAAACUAGGUCCUGUGAGGUCAGAUAACACUGUUUAAUGCUAAAACUACUACUUACUGCCUUACAUGGGAUUUGGAAACCUUUCCCUUGAUAACAUCGGGCCAGGAGUCCAGUAAAUCAUGAGUGUUGUCCACUAGAUAAGAUAAUAUGAAUGUGAUCAAUUAGACUCAAGAAGAGUACUUCAGCAGCUAAUAAAUCCAGGUCCCUUACCAGACAAUUCAGUUAUUGUUGUUUGCUUGACAUAAAGGUUUUAUUUACAGAGGUAAUCUUUAACAUAUACUGUUUAUAUAUUCAUAUAAUCCAGUUUAUACAUUGUUUCCUUUAAAAUAAUAGUAUUUAUUCGUUUGUUCAUUUUAUCCUUGAAGAUAUGUUGCAUGAAAGUUGAAGAAUUUAGGAAAAAAAUAUUAAACUGGUUUACUGUAUCUUUCACAGCAGUCCUACCUCCUCUGCUUCUCCUUUCCUGAAAUUGUUACAUGAAUUUUACUACCCUUUGCAUGAAUUUUCAUUAAUAAUGAAAAGCUUUUAACAGUUUUGUUUGUCUUUAAGGGGAAAAAUGAGAAUCUUUUAUAAAAAUGAGAACCUUUUACUUUUAUAUGAAGUAAAGACAAAAUCAAAGCGUGGAGGAAGUGAGGUUGUUAAUUUAUUUCCCUGGUUUGGAUUAUAAUUUUAGGUAUAAUGUAAUUGUUGCGUCACUUAAAAAGUUGAAAAGUUGCUUGUGUAAGGCUACUGCACUUGUUACAAGCUGACAAUGUAGUAUUUAUCUUAGACUUAAAGGAGGAAUAGGCCAUUGUCAUCUUUCUCCCACUGAAUCGCCUGCCUUUUAAUUCUGUCCCUUCUCUUGCCAUUUAAUACACUUUUGUUGAUUGCAUGGACCUUUCGCUUCGGUGCUUUGAAAGGGCAUCUCCUUGGAGAAGCUUGAGGAGCAGCCCUGGAGCUGCUUUCAGCCAGACAUGUUGCUCUUAUAUCAACCUAAGGCCAGAAAAUGCAUUCAUUUUGCUUCUGCGUAGUCUUCUUGUGUUAUUAAUUCAUACUUUUCAACUUCUGAUUAAUCUCUCCAUUGUUUUCCUUCUCUUUUCUUUUUACAUUCUUCUCCUUGCCCUCUAUCCAUCAUGUUGA